AUGGAAUACUGGUCCAUCAAAGGUCGACAUGUGCUCUUAGCCGCUCUUGAGGCAGCCUGUGACUCGGUGGGAGAGGACCUCGCUGCCGAACUUCAGCAGCGUGAUGUUGACCGUCACGCGUCUCUCUUGGAAGAGAUCAGUCGGUUGAAGGCGUCCGUGGCAAGAGUAGAUCAGCUGGAAAGGGACAACCAUUCGCUUAUGCUGGAACUCGACCAAUUUCGGAAACAGGUCCCCAAAGAUGCCGAGUCGUCUGAGGCUUCUCCUGCAUUUUUGACAGCCCCCGACAUGUGUCUGCUUGCGGCGGCACGGCCUGCGCUUUCAGAAAGGGACGUCAACGCUCAAAUUGGCGCUUUGAGUGCUAGUCCUCCACCACGCAGCUCGGAGGACCCGCAGAACUGGGAGAAGCUGUAUGCCAAGCUCGCUCUCAGGCACGAAGCUCUGAAGCAGCGGUACGAAGAAAUGCAUCGCUCGGCGAGGAAUUAUCGUGAGGCCCGCGAUGACUGGACGAAAUACGCCGAGUCGCUGGAAGUGAAGCUCGAGAAACUGGAGCUGAAGAAUGAGAAAUUGGAGCGGAAACUUCGGCGCUUCGAGAAGACGGAUGACCGACCCCAUGCUCCUAGCAGCCCUAGACCUCAAUCCGCCCACACCGACACAGGUAGCCGUCCUUCGGACCAGUCGACUCGUAGAUCCAACGCUUUACCGCACCCAGAACCAGUACCUCGUUCUGUGUCACGCGUGGAUGCUGUCGAAAAGUUGCUGAACUGUGCCGAAUCGACACGGGCAUCAUCAACGGCACUGAAAAGCUGUGCAGAAAGAUCAGCCGUUGAAGAAACAGAAGACGAGGGUGAGGGAGCAGCUGAACUGCCGCCAAUUCCGCCGGACAUCGUCGCAGAAGGCGUGGUUAAAAUCAAGCAAGAACCCUCCUCCGACGGGCCAGUCAUCGUGUCGGAAAGAACGCUACGCAAGAGAAAGCAUUCGGAGGACCAUGUGGAGACACCAACGCCACCUCGCAGGAUCAAGAGUGAGUUGAGCAUUAGCUCAGACCCUAUUGUCACAGGCGAAGCUCCCGUAUUCCAGCCACACGAGAGCAUUGACCUCGACGAGGAGGGGCGGCGGAUGCCGACACCAAGGAGGCACCGCUUCCCGGAACAUCAGCACCUUCGCGAAGAAAACCCGGCAUCUCCGGAGGAGGCCCUUCUCCUCAUGGAGCCACGGUUUCCCAGAGCAGUCUCAUACAGGAGUCCCCUCAACUCGCCAUAUCGCCGGGAUACUCGCCGGGCUGCACCUGAUAUCCCUACGCAUAAGCUGCCGAGGACACACAGAGAUCGCAGGUCACCUAUCAAGGCGGCCUGGAGUUUAAAUUCCGGCAUCGCGGAUGUUGCCGAAGAGACGGUCGAGUCAUUCUACGCUCCAACACCGCACCAAGCUGGGAAACGGCCAGGAGCCCAGACACCGGCACACGGCCGGUUGAGCUCGCUCUUGAACCAAGGCUCACUGAAAAGCACCGCUGUGUACCUCCCGCCAACCCGUCCUGGUCGUCAAAACGACGAUCCUCGGCUUGAAAAAGAAAACAUUGGAAUUGUACUGCCUCACGAAGAAACCAGGAAAUAUCAAGCCUCUCCUGUCAAACCUUGCCCCUUACGCAAGGGCAGUCUGGGCACUCUACCGCAAUUGCAGGCCCAGGGGAAGGACCAUCCACAGAGAUCCACCCGGCUACGAGACCGGCCAUUAGCGGAGCUGAGGCCGGAAGAUUUCAAGGUCAACCCAAACGCCAAUAAAGGCUACCGGUACGCUUUUGAAGAGGUUGUCCGGAAUCGGGAGGAGCGGUCCGAGCUCGCCGGCUGCACCGACCCGAACUGCUGCGGCAGACAGUUCCGGGCCAUGGCUGAAUCCGAGCUCAGCGCCAGCGGGCCGAGCGUCCUCACGCGGAUUGCCGACGUCAAGAUGAUGCAGGAGUACUUGGGCAACGAAGCAUACCGGCUGGACGAUAUGACGCGCCAGGAGAGAGAGGAGGUGUGGCUCAAGGCCAAGAUCCAGGACUUGGCGAACCGGCUUGGACGGCAUCGGCACCGGUUCGCGAGGAGGCCGUCGCCGCCCGGGUUCUGGAACCCCGAUUUCCCCAGCACGCAGGAGAUUGAGCAGAGAAAGGAGGAGGCGGAGAAGGCAGAGAGAGGGGUUGUGGAAGAGAGAUGGCGAGAGGCGAUGCGGGAAGGAGGUAGGUGGUUAUUCAGGGAUGAAUAA